CUGGAGGAUAACAUAGAAAUAGAUGAUCUUGCUCCUUUACCAGCGCCAGACGCUCCGGAUGGUCUGAUUCUUGGUUUGAACAUGGACCCUGUUGCGCUAGACCAUCCGGCGAAUGCGGAUGCACAACCACUACAGGACGCAGCUGCUGGAGAUGUAGUUGAAGACGACAGCGACAGCUCUGACAAGAAGAAGAUCAAGAAACUACUUGCUGCAGUAGAGAAAGCGACUGAGAAUGAAGACGGCCUCGCGCACUACUUCAGCAUCCACGAGAUGCCAUUCACUUGGCAUCAGACACAUCUCCGAGUCACCUACGGCAAGCAGUAUGAUGAAGAACAAGAUGCGCGAACAGCUGCUUUCUUGAAGGAGUGGCCACAACUUCAAACAGACAAGGGCUUUCACAGCUUCUUAAUCUCUUGCGCCAUCAUUUUCCCUCAGUUCUUGCGGACGACCAUCUACAACUGCUUCGACCAAAUGCACAACGUCGAUGAGAUGAAACGCGUCUGGAGGUAUGUCACGUUAGCUACCCGGCACUUGGUCUACGAGCUUUGUGAUCCGUGUUGCAACUUGUGGAUCACGAUCGUUCUUCGUGGUGCGUUAACGCCUGACUUUGCACAGCGAUAUCCAGGACUUUGGGAUCUUCGUAAGCGAACGGAGUUCUGUGAAUUUAUGCGGACUCUACUUCCGGAUGAUUUCGAAAAAGCGAAGAAGAUCUUGACCAACAUCAUCAUCAGUGGGCCUACGAGUGACUCUGAAGCAGAGUCUCCGUGGGCUUGGGUGACUGCAGCAGACGGCCGGCUCCUCAUGCUAGCGGGGAAAUUCAAACUUUCCUAUGCAGUCUUGUCGUGGGCAUCUAGUACUGUGCUAUUCGAGGACGUUCCUCAGCUUGGGGAUAAGUAUGAGCAUCUAGUAGCAGACAUCGACCGCAUCCGCAACUCGCUCGAGACAUCUCAGUCCGAGGGCGAGUUCCUCAAAGUCCUCCAGGAAAAAUCAAAAUCCGAAAAAUCCUGGACGCAGCUGUUCAAGAAGGUGGAGGACAUGCGGGUCUCUGCUGAACGCUCGGCAGAAACGAGCGAUUUCAUCCGCAAGGCAGUUGCCGAGAGCAAGGACAAAGAGAUGUGCGUUCAUAGCACGAACUACCACGAGCCAUCCAUGGAGGUAAUGUGCUACAAAAAAGCCGCAGAUCGCAUCGAAGCAGAUGACUUCCACAAAACUUGUCGCUUAGGUGGGGUAGCCGACGAUACUUGGCGGUUCAGGCAUUGGAACAAGGAGGGCAAGCCACUAGUAGUCUGGGACACAGAGCACGACUUCUGGGUUUGGGUAACCGAUCUUCUUCGUGGCAAGUACAUGGGAUGGAAGAUGAGGCAAUGCACUGACACCAAGCGUCUGUCGCUGCGGAUGCGUCGCAACGUCAGCUCUCUCAUGUGCGGCUUCACCGUCAACUGCUGGGUUCUGAUGGACUACAACAGCGUCCAGUUUAUCGACGGCAUCUGCGCCAUUCCUUACAGAGGAAACAUGCUAACAACCAUCGACAUCAUGAAACAAUGCAUCAGCGCGAUCCCCGAAGAUCUCCUCAAUCAUGCGAUCUACUGGCUCACGAGCGUGCGACUCGCAGAACAGCCGAAGAUCCCAGAGAAGUAUCGCCGCAGGGCUCUGCAGCGGAUCGUCGACGAGGAGAAGGACACAACGAAGUCAGUGAUGCGCAUCCUCGACGAGGAG